CCUUGAAUUCCCGCGAGUCAGCGACUCUCAUUCACAGUUCUCAUUCAAGUUUCAACCCGUCCCAUUGUCGUCCGUGCGGUGACCGACUCUAAAAUUAAUACGAUUCUAUUAUAAUAUUUUUUAUACAUUUUUUUUUUUUUCAAUUUGUAUUAUUUUUUUUUGAUUUUGUAUUUUUCAUUUUAUUGAUUUGAUCCUAUUUUUCCUUGUUAUUCGUUUUUUAUUCGACAGACAGCCCCUGCCGUCCAACCACAUUCCCACCCCAAAGAAUCAUGGAUCCCAACGCGACCGGUUUCCCAAUGUUGCAGCAGCAACAGCAACAGCAACACUUUCCGGUUACUACCCAGAGUCCACAGCAGUUUCCUUACUAUCCGAACGCGAUUCCUUCUUACCCCCAGCAAAAGCCUCCUUCCCAUCUGCCACAACAGCAUUCCUUUGGUGCCAUGUCGAUGCAGGCAGGCGCUCCAGGUGGAGCUAUGAUGCCGGCGGGUUUCCCCCAACACUCUGCACCCCACGCCAACUUCUCUGCACCCUUUACCCAGCCACCUAUUCCCGCGACCAUGAACCAAUUUAUGCCCCCGCAGACUGUAGCGACUUCAACUCCUGUCUCGAGCGUUCCAGCAACCACGGCGCCGUCCUUCCCUCAGAAUAUGGCUUCAAUCUCGGCGAACAACCUGGUUCCCGCACAGCCUCAACGGCCCGCUCCGCAACAGAACACUCAACAGGCGUCUGCGCCCCCGGUGACUCCAUCACCCGCAACGGCCCGGGAGAAAGCUCGUGUGACUGUUCUGCUCGAUAUAAAUUCAAUGCUGUUGCAAGAGGUCGUGAAUCUACAGGCAGCAGGCAAGGCCGGUGGUCCUCCAGCUCAGCCGCAGGAUGCCAACCCGCUGUCGGAUCAGGCCCCUGACACCGCAAAAGGGCCAACCCAGAAGCCCAGUCAGGAAUACAUCGAUUGUAUGCGUCGUCUGCAGGCCAAUCUGGCAUACCUCGCAACCAUCGCCGACCGCGCUAAGAAAUCCGGAGGAGUGCCUCCUACGGCGCCGAGUAUCAUGACGCCGCCCCCACACAUGCCGUCCAUGAACGAAAUGUACAAGAAGCUCGCUGAACUGUUCCCACGCACGGUACCAGGCGCUACCGGAACACCUCAGCCAAGUCCUCAGGGCAACGGCAAGCCCAGCCCCUCUCCAGCUACUGAGACAGUCGUCUGAGCGAGACCAAUGUUUUUGAAUGAUUCGAUCAUUCACACAUGCGCGUCGUCCCGAAUGUCAAGGAUUUGGGCGAUUCCGACUCGGUGCAGCGUUGGGAAACAAAGCUCCAUGGGCGUUGUCUCUGCAGUUGAGACUCACAUUCAGCGCCAUAGCUGGACGCCAACUUACUCACAAAAUUAUAUCUAUGACCUGGAACUGGCCUUGCUCAUGUGGCCUGUACAAUCAAUCCGCGGAUGAAUAUCGAUGGAGUUCACUUGGCCAAGGUCGGAUGCCAAAGGUAUAUGAGCAUCCACUUCCGCCGGGACCCUGUUGG